GAGAUAGCAUACAUACCUACUUAGGUGUACAAACUUCGAGGAACCAUAUCUGCAGUGUCCAAGUUUCACUCUUAUGAACUGUUACUAUAAGAUACGGAAGGGAAUGAAUCAGAUACUCUCACAAUCCUAUCAGCCCACCUCCUACUAGGUACUUACCUAUGUAAUUUAAGUUUUGGUGAACAUCCAUCGACUUGACCACCCAUAACGAAUAGACAAACACCCUCUCACAUUACCUGCUCAUCAAUCAAAACAAGCAUACAAAUAAAAUAAAAAACUCAAGCAAAUCCAAAAUGUCACUAGCACCCGCAGAUCUCCCCAAAGAACCCAAAUGUGUCCCUCCAAUCCCCGUCCCGACCUACGGCGCAGGCGGCGUCUUCACCGUAGCCUGCGCGGCAGAGCUCGCAGCGCCAGCCCUCCAGUGUCUAGAGAAAGUCCUCGAUCUCCCACACUACGGGUCGUGGAACACAUUCAUCCCUCGCGCCGAGGUCCUGACGUCCGGGCCAGACGAUAAUGCCUCGGCGCCGCUACCGCCGGAGGUGCAGGCCCUAGCCGCGCGGCCGGGCUUCGUGUCGCCCGGUGCUCGGAUUAGAUUCGACGCUGUGAUGAGCGGGUCUUGGACGCGGUCCGUCGAGCUCGAUGUCUCGUUUCUCGAGGCCUUUGAUCCCGCAGACGGGGGUGGGAAGGCGUAUCGCGUUGCGUGGAAGGGCACGUCCUUCCCGACCUUCUUGCUGCGCUCGGAGCGCGUGCAGGAGUUCGUGGAAUAUGUCGCUGAGGACGGCAGCGUGAGGACCAAGUAUGCUAAUUGGGAGACGUUUGGUGGGUUGCUCGGGUAUGUGCUGCCUAGGGAGCAGAUUGUCGCUGGGUUUGAGAAGUGGACGGUGGGGUUGAAGAAGGCUGUUGAGGAGGAGGUUGCUAAGUGACCUUGGGAGUGUGAUGGUGAGAAGGGGAAUUGGAGUCAAGCAUAUCAUUUUCAGGCGAUGGGUUUUGUUUUCGUUACGGCCUUCUACCGUGGCUGUCUAAUAUGGUAAUUUAUUGUGUUGGUAGACGAUUUGCAGGAGCAAAUGGUUGUCCUUUGACACACAACAUGGGAAUCAAAGGCGAUUUCGAAGGCAUCCGAAUUGAACAGGUGGAUUACAAGGAAUACUACAAUACCGAAAGGGAAAGCAUGGGCCUGGGACGACUUAGAAGCUCAAUAUUUACGCUUACGGAGAGGAGAGCCUGACUAUGAUAAUGUGACAACAUUGCCCAUGCACGAGGUGUUAGUGUUGUAAUCGCCUUCAAAUAUUGCCGCGGCAAGGCAGAGGUAACAAACAAUAUGGGCCAUAAGUCACUAUUCACACGAGGAAGCGA